ACACACUACACACUAAAUAAAUGUAAUUCACAAAUAUAUAUGCAUAUACAGUUACACACACACACACACACAUAUAUAUAUAUAUAUAUAUAUAUAUAUAUAUAUAUAUGAGACAGUGUUUUUCUGGGUAAUUUUGUCUGUCCUGGAACUCGUUCUGAAGACCAGGCUGGCCUCGAACUCACAGAGAUUCUCCUGCCUCUGACUCUGGAGUGGUGGGAUUAAAGGUGUGCGCCACCAUGCCUGGCAGAAAUAAUAUAUUUUUAAAAUACAUAUUAUGGGAAAAGGAGCUUCCUUGUCUGUCCUUGGUUCCCGUUUCUGUAAGGGAUUUUACUUGUCAUUUCUGAUUAGCUGUAUUAUCAGUCUGUGGUUAUAUCUUUAAUAUGUCAAUAGUGCGCCUGAGCAGACAGCAUAGGCACCCCUUGUCAGUUCUGUUGCGGUGGCUUUCAUAGGAUUUGAUCCUCUUUUUCCGCCCGCAUCUGCUUUCAUCUGGUUACACAGAAUUCUUUUUAAAAUUCCUCUGUGGUGAAGUUUUCUAUUUCGUGGGAAGGGCAAGGCCCUCCUGGUCUGAAUCUGGAUGUUGGCAAACGGUUGUUGGCCUUUAGCUAAAACCAGUUUGUGUGAAAGGUCCCAACCUCUGUUUCCUCAUCCCUGGUGACUGCAGCUGGAGUCCCCUGCUCCCCGAGAGACCCUUUACCAAGAUUAACUCACCCGAGGUCUUGCUAUGCAUAACAAACACCUGAGUAUCUGGGUUGCCCAUGUGGCUCCAUUUCGCCUGAUCCCACCCUCACGUUACUUAUGUCUGUCUGUCCUUCUCAAUCUCCUGUAGCUCCCUAUCAGAUUGGACCAAGCAUGCUGACCAUGGCAAGACACUAUUUCCGUUUCAUUUACUGUACUCUUAUUGAACCCUGGGCUUUGUAUAGGUUGGGACAGCACUGACUACUGAGCUACACCCCAGCCCUCUUAAUGUCUCACUCGGAGCAAAGAUCAAGUUGCAGAGGGCACCCUUGAACACACUCUGUGAGCCAGGCAGGCCACGAACUUAACGUUCUCGGGCCUCAGCCUCCCACAUACGUGGGACUACACUUCCACACUACAAGACCCGGUUCGCCAUGUGGUUUUGAAAUGGUGGAAAUCAGUACUGAAGAACUAAAGCAACAGUUUGACCAAGAAAUUAAAGUAAUGGCCAAGUGUCAGCACGAAAACCUGGUGGAGCUGCUGGGCUUCUCGAGCGACAGUGACAACCUGUGCUUAGUGUAUGCUUACAUGCCCAAUGGUUCCUUGCUAGACAGACUGUCCUGCCUGGACGGAACGCCACCACUUUCCUGGCACAUGAGAUGCAAGAUUGCUCGGGGUGCAGCAAACGGCAUCCGUUUUUUGCAUGAAAAUCAUCAUAUUCACAGAGAUAUUAAAAGUGCAAAUAUCUUACUAGACCAAGACUUUACUGCCAAAAUAUCUGACUUUGGGCUUGCACGGGCUUCCGCGAAGCUUGCACAAACGGUCAUGACCAGCCGAAUUGUGGGCACAACGGCUUAUAUGGCACCUGAAGCUUUGCGAGGAGAAAUAACACCCAAAUCUGACAUCUACAGCUUCGGUGUGGUUUUAUUGGAGCUGAUAACCGGACUUGCGGCUGUGGAUGAAAACCGCGAACCUCAACUACUACUGGAUAUUAAAGAAGAGAUUGAAGACAAGGAGAAGACGAUCGAAGAUUGCACAGACGAGAAGAUGAGCGAUGCGGACCCUGCGUCGGUCGAGGCGAUGUACUCUGUUGCUAGCCAGUGUCUGCACGAGAAGAAAAACAGACGGCCAGACAUUGCAAAGGUUCAACAGCUGCUACAAGAGACCUCUGCAUAAAACUAAUGAAGUAAACAUAGACGUUUUUACUUCGUGGUCCUGGAGACCGGAAAAGCACUUUGACACUGAGCUGCAUCACUUGCCUAUUGUUUGCGUUUGUUUUUGUUUUUCCUGAACGUGCUUUGUCUUUAACAAGGCAGCAUGGUGCGAUGUACUGGUUAGUUGAUGAAUGUGUCGGCCUGGGGCAGAAGUGGCGGUUGCAUGGUAGCACUUGGCCCCGCCCACUUAGUACGGAGCUCAUUUCAACAUUACCAGUGUACAGUGAACUAAAGAUUCAGGAAAUCAGCCCUGUGCUUUACAGAGAUCCUAGGGUUACUGGGGAGUGGAGGAGGUGAGGUAAGACAGGGUUUCUCUGUGUACCCCUGAAUGUCCUGGAACUUGCUCUGUAGACCAGGCUGGCCUUGAACUCAGCAAUCUGCCUGCCUCUGCCUACUUCAUGUUGGGAUUGAAGGUGUGUGCCACCACCUUCCAGCUGGGGAUCGAGGUUUGAAGCUCAGCAAACCCCACUAGUAAUUUCCUGCAAAGCUUUGGACCAGCUCUUAGCUACCAUAAGCCUUAGUUUUGGCUUUUGUUUUUUGUUAUGAACUCUGUGCUCCUGUAAAUAACUCCUCACCUAUGUCCCUGUAAGGAACCUCUCCCCACAGUCCCUAUAACCCCAACUAAACUCGUUGGUUCAACCAUGUAGACUUGGGUGGAAUCUACUCUUCAGUCUGUUACCGGGGUCCUAUUUUGAAUGAAUAGAUGUUUGCUUAUCUCCCCCAGAAACAUUCACAUACUUGGUACUCUAUGUGGGGCAUGACAGAACCAAUGGUGAGUUGGGAAGGGGUAUUCGCGUUGUCUCUGCAAUGGACGAUAAGACAUGAAACUGAGGCCGAGCUGUCUGAGGGUGGAGCAAUUAAGGGGGCAUUUCAGACAUCACUCUUCCCCAUGUGGCAGGAACAGUAGACCCCCCCCCCCGCUGUUAUGUACCUCUCUAAUGAAGGGAAUCCGCUGUUCUGUACCCCAGUCCUGGAAGGCAGCACAUAUGGGAUGGGGUCCUAAGCACCCUGUGGCAUCAGUAAGACAUGCCACUAAAGCUGAGCUGUCUGUCCAGCUUGCCUGUCUAAGAAGGGAAUUACAAGGAGAAAAAGGUGGAGAUGGCUGUGUGUCCUCUGCACCCUCCCCUGAAUUGGCAGGAAAGAGAGGAAAAAUAUAAGAAUGAGUUUGGUGACACAUGCCUUUCAUUCCCAACACUUGGGAGGCAGAUCCAGACAGAUCUCUGUGAAUUUGAGGCCAGCUAGGGCAACAUCAUCUCUCUCUCUCUCUCUCUCUCUCUCUCUCUCUCUCUCUCUCUCUCUCUCUCCUCUCUAACUAUCCCUCUCUCCCUUUCUAACUCUUGCUUUCUCAUUCUCUCCCUCCCCCCUCUCUAACUUUCAUUCUCUAACUCUUUCUCUCUCUAACUCUCGCUCUCUCACUCUCUCUCCUCACUCUCUCAAAAAAGUGGUAUAGUGAUACAGUAUGAUAAAAACAAAAACAGAAAACCUCUUACAUUCAAGAAAGAUCGGAGCUUUUGCUAGACCUCAUAGCCAGUUAAUAAUGUGCCUUGAGGUCAGGUAAGACUGAUAUCCUACUGUGUGCUCAGUCUAUUUGUUUAACCAGCCUUUAAGAGAACAGUGUAGUAACCAACCUUACUUGCCUCGGAUUCCCAGCCAAAGCUAAUGAGCAGCUCGAAUCUCCUCUCUGUCCUACCACCCCCUGAUCCUAGAGUGAUUCGUGUGCUUUCUGUGUGUGUUAGGAUAAUCAUUUGCUGAAAACAGUGAAUACAGGUUAAAAGCAACCUUACAAAAUGAACACCCACAGCCACUGAAGACGACACAUGGGUAUUGCUCAACAAACAGUGGUGUAUGUAAAACCGUUUGUAUCUGACUCCGCAGGGGUCAACUGGAGUCCGUGACUUAAUCCCUUGUAAAACUCUGUUAACGAUU